GUGGCUCUGUGUAGGCUUCGAUUCGUUCACAGACCUGCCAUGCGAAUUUCUGUGCUCUCUUCAAAGGCAUCUCGCUGCCUCGGGGCUUAUGCACCCCUCGUCAAGGGGCAAAUUGACAUCCAGAAGCGGAAGGGGAAGGGAAAGGCACACCAGUGGAUGCUAAUGGCCGUUCUCUUGGCCGGAUGUUGUCUGCACAUUGACCCGGAAACCAACUUCUGCGCCAAGGCGGCAAGCAGCAGGUUGGCAGUCACCCUUGGCCACCGAAGCUUCAGAUGCCACAUCCCUCGUGGAGUCCGGGAGCGAAGGCGCCAGCAGGAUCGCAGCCAAGAUGACGGUGAGGCGCGACGAUUGACGGCACAAAUCACGAAGGCCGGCUCAGCUUCGGAGUUGUUCGCACUUCUGGAGAAACCAGUGACGAAUGCCGCCCUCUUCAACAGCUUCCACAUCUCCGCAGCCAUGACGAAACUUGCCAGGUUCAAGAAGAGGCGCCAGCUUUGCCAGGCUGAUGUGAGCAGCCCUGUGUGGGCCCAACUCUCAAUCAGAAUGCGUGAUAUGCUGCAGCAAGACCUGCUUCCGCCACGCGAAGCAGCCAAUGUGUUCUAUGCCGCAGGUGAACUUUAUCAGGAAAUGGGCCAGCACUUGACAACGGUGUUGCCCCUGCUUUGCGAGUCUGUUCGCAAGAAAGCUGCUGGCAUGGCAGAGCAAGCACUCUCCAACUGCCUGCUGGCAGUGGUGAAGCUCGUAGAUGUAUCACGAGAUGUGCUGACGGUCGUGCCAGCCCUUACAAUGCACAUCUCUGCCAAAGUUGAGGACAUGACAACGCAAGGACUCUCCAACUGCCUGCUGGCAGCUGCGAAGCUCCAAGACGCAUCGCCAGAGGUACUGGACAUCGUGCCAGCCCUUGCCAAGUGCUUGCCGGACAAGGUUGGCGACAUGAUCCCUCAAGCGCUGUCCAACUCCUUGUGGGCAGCUGCGAAGCUUCAAGAUCGAGCACCCGAGAUGCUUGAUGCGGUGCCAGCCCUUGUAAAGCACAUUGUUUACAAGGUUGAGGUUGGGCACAUGGAUCCUCAGGGACUGUCCAACUGCUUGUGGGCAGCGGCAAGGCUACAAUAUUCAGUUCCGAUGGUUUUGGAAGCAGUGCCCACCAUAGCAAGGCGCAUGCAGGAGAUCGUUGACAGCAUGAACAUGCAAGACUUGUCCAACAACUUUUGGGCAGUGGGGGAGCUCAAUGAGGUCGAGCCUGAAGUGCUGACACUGGUGCCAAUGCUGAUUGGACGCAUCCGGCCCCAGAUCAAGAGACUGAGGAUGGAUCAGCUGUCAAUGUCCUUGAAGGCUGCUCGGCAACUUGGGGAAGAAAUGUUGCUUGCCAAGUUGCAGGCGGCGCACGCUUUCACUCCACUUGUGCACCCCGGCCCUCCCUGUGCCCUCCGGGAGCACGUUUGCAACCUCGACCCGGAGCUUGACGACGAGAUGAGACCAAUUACGAGCUUGACUGGCUUGCUGGAGUUCGGGGUCAGAUUGAACGCCAUCCCUUUGCCCUCGAUGUUCCGGGCUCCCAAGGCGCUGUUCGUGACGAAUUCGCAACGAUUGGAGAGGAUCUGUCCCGGUGCUGCUUCCCGAGCUGGUUACCGCAUUCCGGUGAGAAAGUGCAAGAUACCACGGCAAGUCCGGGAGCCAAGGCGUCAGGCUCCCAACUCUGCCAACCCGGAGCGGGAUGUGAGAGUUCUGACGAGUCGGAUCAAGAAGACAGGCUCAGCCUCAGAGCUGCUGAAGCUCUUGGGCGAGAAUGUGAACAGCAAGAUUUUCAACGAGUACCACAUCUCCGCUACCAUCGCGAAGCUCGCCAGAUUCAAAGCUAGUCUCCGUGAUGCCUCAACGGAACUGUUGGCUGUCAUACCAGUGUUUUCAGCUCGCAUACAGGACAAGGCAAAGGAACUUGACCCUCAAGGACUUGCCAAUUGCAUGUGGGCAGCAGCCGAACUGCAAGACGUAUCGCCAAAGCUGCUGGAUGCAGUGCCAGCUCUUGCAAAGAGCAUACCGGUCAUGGUGAAGGACAUGGUUCCUCAAGGAUUGUCUAACUGUUUGUGGGCAGCUGCGAAGCUGCAAGAAGCAUCGCCAGCGGUACUGAUUGCUGUGCCAGCUCUGGCAAAGCGCAUACCGGACAAGGAUGCAUCGCCCGAGGUGCUGGACGCAGUGCCAGCACUUGCGAAAUGCAUAUCUCGCAAGUUGCAAGGCAUGGUUCCACAGGGUGUGUCCAACUGCCUGUGGGCAGCUGCGAAACUCAAGGAUGCAGCACCUGAGGUGAUGAAUGCAGUACCAGCACUUGCAAAUUACAUACCCAACCAAGUUCAGGAGAUGAUUCCUCAGCACUUGUCCAAUUGCCUGUGGGCAGCUGCAACGCUCUACGAUGGAUCGCCUGAGGUAUUGAGUGCCGUGCCAGCUCUCGGAAAGUGCAUACCGCGUGCGGUGGAAGACAUGGUUCCUCAAGCUUUGUCCAACUGCCUGUGGGCGGCUGCGAAGCUGCAAGAUACAUCGCCAAAGGUGCUGGAUGCUGUGCCAGUUCUUGCGAAGCGCAUACCGGUCAUGGUGAAGGAGAUGAAUCCUCAGGACCUGUCCAACAGCCUGUGGGCAGCUGCGAAGCUGCAAGAUGCAUCGCCAGAGGUGUCGGAUGCCGUGCCAGCUCUUGCCAAGCGCAUACCGGACAAGGUGGAUGACAUGGUCCCUCAAGCUUUGUCCAACUGCCUAUGGGCGGCUGCAAUGCUCCAGGAUUCAUCGCCAGAGGUGUUGAUGGCGGUGCCAGCCCUUGCAAAGCGCAUGCCGGACAAGGUUGAAGAGAUGAAACCUCAGCACUUGUCCAACAACCUGUGGGCUGCUGGGAAGCUCAAGGAAUCGUCACCUGAAGUGUUUGCCGUGGUACCAGGGCUAGUUGAGCGCCUCCGUCCCAUUAUCAGCAAACUUGCACCGGAAGGGUUGCUCAUGUCACUUUGGGCAGCGCAGCAGUUUGGGGAAGACGACUUGGCAGCCAGGCUGCAGGAAGAGCUUCAUCGCCGGCAGCACUGA